AUGGCUACCCUACAUUCUGCUACUAUAUUCAGUGGUCUCCAGACUGGCAAGAGCAAAGUAGAGGCUGCAACCUUUUAUGAUGGUGCUGAAUGGCUGUCUUCAGAUGAGGAGGAAUACAUUGACGAGCUGGAAGACUAUGAUUCUCGGUAUUGCCAACCAAGCGACAGGAUACACAGAAUUGGAAGGCCACAAUCAUAUCCUUCUUCACCUGGAUCUUCUUCUGCAACGGACUCGGAGUCGGUUCUCUCUGCUUCGACAGUAGGCUCCAACAACCGUAUAAACGACGAUCGGGUACUCGUUGUUGGACGUGACUUCAAAGAGUCAGGAAUAAUACGGUUCUUCGUGAGUACAAAAGAAGCUGAGGAGGAGCUGGAUGAAUACGUUUCAUCAGUGAAUGAAGUAUUUUUGAACAAGAACAGCAAGAUAUUCGCUCACCAGUCAAAUGAACCAAGUACAUUCAUAAAUACUGAUAUGCCCAACUCGCCGGCUGACCUGGAAUCGUACAUGGCCAAGAUGAAAACAAAUGUUAUUGAUACGGCUACAAGGACGAGCUCACCAAAAAUGUUGGGACACAUGACGACUGCACUACCAUUCUUUCAACGACCGUUGGCAAGAUUGAUUGCGGCUCUGCAUCAAAACACUGUAAAAAUCGAAACAUCAUCGUCAUUUACCCGGCUCGAACGAAGCACAAUUGCUAUACUCCACCGAUCAUUCUUCAACCUUCACCAAGAAUUUUACAAUCUACACUCAUUCAACUCUGAAUCAGCUCUGGGCGUCAUGUGUAGUGGCGGUACGAUUUGCAAUAUAACAGCACUCUGGAGUGCUAGAAAUGCUGCCCUCCCACCGAAAGAUGGGUUUGCUGGUAUCGAGUCAGAAGGUCUGGUCAGGGCGUUGGAAGUAUAUGGAUACAAAGGUUCUGCAAUAGUAGGAUCUCGAAUGAUGCAUUACUCGAUGCGUAAAGCUGCUGACCUGCUUGGUAUUGGUGAAGCUGGUCUGGUCACUGUGGAAACAGAUUCAGCCUUCCAUGUUGAUGUGAAUAGAGUGAGGGAAGUUGUGCGUGAUUUGCAAUCAAGGCGAAUACUGGUCAUUGCAAUAGUUGGCAUUGCCGGAACUACAGAAUCAGGAUCCGUUGAUGAUCUCUGCGGCCUGGCUGACAUUGCUGGUGAAUUUGGAGUUCACUUCCAUGUAGACGCAGCAUGGGGUGGGCCAAUGAUUUUCUCUGACGAUCAGAGGAAGAAGCUUGUGGGAAUAGAACGAGCUGAUUCAAUAACGGUUGAUGGCCACAAGCAACUGUAUACCCCUAUGGGUGUUGGUGUACUGCUAUUCAAGAGCCCAUCGCUAGCUCAACGUAUCAAAAGAACAGCAUCAUACGUGAUCCGUGCAGGAUCUCUGGAUCAAGGUCGAUUUACCAUGGAGGGCUCGAGACCUGCUUCAGUGUUGUACCUUCACGCGAGUUUGAAUCUGCUUGGUAGAGAUGGACUAGGACAGCUGAUAACCAGGUCCUGCGCCAUAACGCGCCAGCUGUACUUCCGAUUGUUAUAUCACCCAUGCAGAUCGUUUUUCCCGUUGCAUGAGCCGGACUCUAAUAUCUUACUCUACCGAUAUAUUCCAUCUUCACUUCGAGAUCAAGUCAACAAAAUAGUUAUGGAGGACGAAUCUGCUGUGCCAUUGAGUGAGGCCGACCACCAGUAUAUAUGUGAAGCUACAAAAAGGCUGCAGAUAUUGCAGAGUGUCGAAGGAUCAUGUUUUGUAAGCAGGACUACUGUCAAAUGGUGUGGUAGAGACACCAUAGUGCUAAGAGUAGUAUUGGCGAAUCCGCUGAGUACUUGGGACUCCCUCCAAGAGUGUUUGACUGAACAGGUGUCUUUGGGUCAGCGUGUAGAACGGGAGAUACGCAAAGAAGAGCAAAAACCGUUUGUGGGAUGGCCGAUUGAAUUCUAA